GAUUUGGGCACUCCCCUAACGUGGUUAUAAAUUUGGGGUACCAACAAAUCAAUUCCUUAAAACUUUCUCGUGUACUACGUAUUAUAUGUUUGAUUGCUUCGAGAAACCCGUCCCAGUUUCCAAUCUCGCGAUCGCCGGCCACCUCUUCCUCGUCUUCCUCUAUUUAAAUAGCUUCUCUCUCUCUCUCUCUGAAUUUCUCUCUGUGAGAAGACGACAUGAAACGCGAACGCGAACGCGACAUGAAUCAAAACUCUCUUCUGGCUUCCCUCCUGUUUUGUCGACGCUUCAAAAAACUGGCUGCGAAGUAUCUGAGAGAGCCUAAUCUGAAGAAGGGCGGCCUAGACCUAGGGGACAUACUGGCUGGGUCCUCCAUGGAGUAUAUUUACCAAUCAAAUGCCGAGGAUCCACCAUACAUUUGGUACAAGGGAGGAGGAUCAAAGAUGAAGAAGAUUCUUCCUCCUAUGAGGACCUGGGCGGAUGAGUGCAGGUUGGCUCCUGAGCUGUUGAGGGCGGUGGAGAGGGCAGGGUACAAGGAGCCCUCCCCGAUUCAGAUGGCAGCCAUCCCGCUCGGACUGCAACAGCGUGAUGUCAUCGGAAUUGCUGAGACCGGUUCAGGUAAAAAAGCUGCCUUUGUUCUUCCCAUGUUGACUUACAUAUCUACCAGGCUGCCUCCUAUGCCAAGGAGCAGCAACGAAGAGAACCAGAGAGAGGGGCCAUAUGCCGUGGUUCUGGCACCCACUCGAGAAAUUGCACUGCAGAUUGAGGAUGAGACUGUCAAGUUUGCAAAAUUUUUGGGCAUCAAAGUUGUUACACUUGUUGGUGGGAGGUCGAUUAAAGAGCAAGGGUUUAAGAUUGGGCAAGGGUGUGAGGUAGUGAUUGCUACACCUGGUCGUCUUACUGAUUGCUUGGAGGGGCAUUAUGCUGAUUGGAAUCAGUGCAAUUAUGUUGUCCUUUAUGAGGUUGAUUGCAUGAUUGAUAUGGGUUUUGGCCCGCUAGUUGUGGGGGUGUUAGAUGCAAUACCUUCAAGCAAUUUGAAACCCGAGAACGAUGAUGAAGAACUUGAUGAGAAAAAGAUUUGCAGGACAACUUGUAUGUUCAGCGCUACGAUGCCUCCAGCUGUGGAGCAACUUGGUAAAAAGUACUUGAGGAAUCCCGUGGUUGUCGCGAUUGGUACUGCAGCAAAGGCCACUGACCUAGUCACCCAGCACGUGCAGGAAAGACAAGACAGGUGUGGCAGCAACAUUCUUGACUUUGCGCGACACUGAUGUCUUCUAUGAUCUCAAGCAGACGCCGAUUCAGAGUAACAGUCCCAUGCCCCCUGAAUUGACUAGACACAAGGCAUCAAAAUUCAAGCAAGGAAUCUAUUGCCAGACAGCUAGAACCGAAUGAAUCGAGUUUUAAACUAUAAAUUUGUAGUCAUAAAUAGUUUAGGUACUGGUGACUUGACAUUAUAACUUAUUGUCUCAGGUGAUCGCGUAAAUUGGUGAUAAAACAUGUCGCGAGGUCACGAACUCAUCCUUCAAUCAUGCUUUGUGCCUUGAAUUUUGCUAAUCAUUAAAUUUUAUGGUUUGUGCAUAUUA